GUUCACGCGGAUGCCUCCAACUUUGCCGAGGGCGUCACGAAGGACGAGGCCUACGAGCAGGUUCUCCUGAUGGCCGAGGGCCUCUACGCCGAUCAGAGGAACUGGUCCAUAGGAGGUGCUAGCGGCCACGUGAACUGGGCAGGCUUCUACGUCAGGGACACCACCACGCAAGACCAGCUCAUACUCGGGCCUUUCCAGGGCAAGGUGGCCUGCCAGACCAUCGCCUUUGGCAAGGGCGUGUGCGGCGCGGCGGCGCAGUCGCAGGAGACGCAGCUGGUCAGGAACGUCGACGAGUUUCCGGGACACAUUGCCUGCGACGGGGACAGCAAGAGCGAGAUUGUCGUCCCCAUCUUCUCGUCUACCUCCGGGGAGCGGAGAGUGGUGGCCAUCAUCGACAUCGACUGCGCCGUCCUCGACGGCUUCGACGAGGUGGACCAGCGUCACCUGGAAAAGUUGGCAGGCCUGCUGUCCCGUAGCUGCGACUGGUAG